AUGUUGGAUGUGUUCGAGUCGUUUCAAUUAAUUUUUCAUUUUCCGGAGGAAUUAGAAUUGAUUCUGCUCCCGAAGCGACUUUCUGUUCGCCUCGGGAGUGAGGCAGGCGUCGUCGAGAGUACCUAUGUCACUAUGUUUUGGGGAAAGCGCCGUGGGAGGGUGGCCGAUAGCCGUAGCGAUGCCAAGCCGGUGCACCACGAUCCCACUACGGGAAGUCCCAAGAUAAGCAAAAGGGUUUCGGAUGGGGAUACUUUAUCGGAUGACGCGUGGAGCAGUGCGUUUGGGUAUAUGUGUGCUCUACAUUUUGCGCAAAUAACCUUACGUGAGCACCGCAAGUCCUUGCAUAUCCGAGAUACUCAAGACAAUCAGCUUCUUUCUGUCCUGGGCCGUCCGAUCCCUUCUGCUUCAUCCGGUAGCCAUAAUAACAACGGCCACUCUAAUGACACCAAUUCACUACGACUUAUUGCACGCAGUCUUGGCAGUUCCUAUUAUAUACUUUCGUUUGCGGUAGACGCACUUCUCACCUUCACGCAGCGCGAGGUCGCGAUUGCCAUUUACAAGCUGGAACAUUUAUUGGCAAAGACGGAGGCUCUUAAUUCAGCAAUUCAGCUCUGUCAAGAACUCGACACUGCUCUCGUGGGGAUUGAGUACAUUUCCUUCCUUAAGCAACGAGUCUCUGCUUCUUCUUGUGGGCAUCCUCCUGAACAGGUUGAUUGCGGGGAUCAUGGGAUAGGCACCGAGUCGGAUGCCAGGCAUGCGUUGCGUGCACAUAUUCACACAAUUCUAUCUUUAGCCCUCGACCCGUCGCGGAUGCCACCUAAAUACCUCGGCACGCGUUCAAGGAAUGCGAUAGAGGCCCUCGUGGCACUGGUGGGUGCACUGGAGAACUUCUCUUUAUUGAAAAAUCGAUUACGACCGUUAUUGGUCCUUUUAACCUUCAACCAUUUCUUUGGUGCAGAUAAUUCCAUUUCUUUCCAGUUUCGGUAA